AUGAGCUCUGAGAGCGAGGAGUCUCCAGGGCUCAAGUCUGAGUCCAGCUUCUGUUACAGAGAGAGCUUCCACUCUCAAUAUAUAGCCUUGAAGACCAUCGGCCAGGGAGGCUAUGCUAAAGUAAAGCUGGCCUACCACCGCCUCACAGGAACCCCAGUGGCUGUCAAAGUGCUUCACAAAAAGAAACUGUGGUGCAAUCCAGUCAUGUCUGAGGUAGAUAUCAUGAUGAAGAUCAACCACCCCAACAUCAUUUCACUCCUCCAAGUGAUUGAGUCUGCGACGAGAAUAUACCUGGUUAUGGAGCUGGCUGAGGGACAACAGCUUUAUCAUUACAUCCGAAAGGCUGGCCACUUGCAGGAGGAAGAGGCCCGGGGGAUAUUCAGGCAAAUACUGAGUGCUGUGAGCUACUGCCAUGAACUUGGAAUAGUUCAUCGGGACCUGAAACCGGAUAAUAUCAUGCUGGAUAGGAAUGGAAAAGUCAAAAUCAUCGACUUUGGCCUCAGCACACAGGUUAAACCUGGGCAGAGGCUGAAUUUUCACUGUGGCACUUACUCUUUUGGGGCCCCUGAACUCUUACGUGGCAAAUUUUAUGAUGGCACCAAGAUCGAUGUAUGGUCCUUGGGAGUAGUCUUAUAUUUCAUGGUAGUUGGGAAAGUCCCAUUUGGUGCUGUCAGUACACGAGAACUGCGAAGGCAGGUUGUGGCAGGGAAGUAUACUGUCCCCUUGAACAUGUCAGAACUACUCCAGGACCUGCUUAGCCGCUUAAUGACAGUCAACCCCAAGUUUAGGCCCACAGUGACCGAGGUGAUGACACACCCCUGGCUCAGGGAAGACUUGGAGGCUUCAACAAAUCAAUGUGAGGAAAUGGUCCCCAGCUUGCCUGACCCGGCAAUUGUAGAAGCCAUGGAAUAUAUGGGGUUCCAAGCCCAGGAUAUCAAAGAUUCGUUACGCCAAAGGAAGUAUAAUCAGACCAUGGCGUCCUAUUGCUUACUGCAAGAGCAGUCUCUCCGCAGGCAAGACUUUACAACCCCAGCUCAGCCCAUGAAUCCAGGGGCGACUCCAUUCCCUUCUUUUGAAGAUCCUGAUGCUUUCCCUCUAGAAUUGAGGAGGAGGGGAAGUGAGCCGGCCCUUGGCACAUUACUCAGAGGGCCAGCCACUUCUGGUCACGUACCUGCCUAUGGCCUGCAGGCAGGUCAAAGAGGAAGCAGACAUCCCGCUGGGUCUGCUCUCCCUCUCUGCAGGCCACUCCAGAGGCCGUCCACACCAGAUCAAACUCACCAAUGCACCAAGAGUGCUCCCUGCAUUUACUCAACGAGCAGCAUCUGGGAAAACACAGAAGAUGUAGGCUCCCACGGCCCCUCAGCAGAGGACAAGCCCACCCACAGACGGGGCCAGCCCAGGGAUGUAGGCUCCCACAGCCCCUCAGCAGAGGACAAGCCCACCCACAGACGGGGCCAGCCCAGGGGCUUGAAGGGAUGGACAAGGAGGAUAGGAAGCGCCCUGAUGAGACUGUGUUGCUGCUUUCCCUCAAGGAAGAAACCUCGCCUAGGGCAGAACAGAGUCUCCCCUCAAAAAUGA